AGCAUGGAGACGGCGGAGAAGGAGUGCGGCGCCUUGGGCGGGCUCUUCCAGGCCAUCGUCAACGACAUGAAGAGCUCCUACCCCAUCUGGGAGGACUUCAACUCCAAGGCCACGAAGCUGCAUUCCCAGCUGAGGACCACUGUGCUGGCUGCUGUGGCCUUCUUGGAUGCCUUCCAGAAAGUGGCAGACAUGGCCACCAACACCCGAGGUGGGGAGGGGGCGUGGCUGGAGGUUGGGUAUGCCCCAGGUGGGGCUUGGAGGCUGGAAAGGCUGAGCGGAGUGUGAGCCAGGGAGAGGACACUGGGCGCAGAGUUGGGACACUGAAUUCUGUUCCCUAAUGGAAUCGGCUGGUCGUCGAGUGAGCCUGUUAUCACUAGUGGCAUGCAAGCAGGAGCGGGUGAACGGUGACAGGGAUGUUACGGUGGGCUUUCCGUUCUUGCUGUGGGCGGCCAGCUCCAUCCCUCAGCCACAGCUGUUCAGCCUUCCGUGCAGUGCGUCCGACCGACCCCGGCUGCCUCUUACCCCCUCUCCUCGGCCAGUCUGAGAGCACGCAGGGGCAGGCAUGCCCCUGUUGGCCUUGGCGUCUCUGCCUUCUAGUUCAAGUAGCAAGGACUGGGGCCCCUGAGAACAAGUAGCGGGUGCUUGCUCGCACUCACGCCUGCCUCGGGGCACCUGGAGGGGCUUCCCGCCAGGGCUGGAGGGGAUUUGGGCCGGCCCUUUGGACGGUCUCUCGCGCUGGCCUGACCACCAGAACACCCGGAGCUGCAGCGGGCGGGCACGGCCGGGAUGCGCAGGGCCUUGGUCCAGCACAGAGUCACCGCAAAUACUGAGAACAGAUCAAAUC